GGACUAUUACCUUAGAUAUCAACCUCAGGAAUUGAAGAAUUUGGCCUUUGAAUAAUAAGAUAUAUCCAUAAUUAAGCGAAACAAGAGGCUACACCGUCAAGUUGGGUGUUUUUGUACAUAUUUUCGGGGUCGGAACAUUGUUUACGUUGUAAAUAAUAUCACGCUCGGUUGCUUACGGAGAAAGCCGAAAAGGUCACAUGGCUUGUCACGUGACGCAGUCAUUUAAAUCCGUCGCAAAGAAAAAAUGGAUUACGAGACUCCAUCACCAGCUUCGCAAGGAACAAGUUCAAGUUCAGACAGUCCUGUCAGAGCUAGGGGAAGAGGGCGAGGCCGUUCACGUGCCAGGGGACGAGGCAUAGGUCGUAGCUCUGAUAGAUCUAGAACCGGCACAGCACGAGGGAGAAGAGUUGGUGGAAGAGGAGCCCGUGGAAGACGUCAGGGCCAGGAAAGUGACAGGGCAGAAAAUGCAGCAACCAGCUUGCAAGCCAGAAGAGAAAUAUUGAAGACAAGAAUUGAUGAGAUGUCACAUGAAGAGACUAAGUAUAUUUUGCAUCAGACAGCACAGCAGUUUCCUUCUUUGAUUUUUGACCUGGUCAAAGACAGUAGUGGAAACAGUGGAGGUUACCAUCCCAGACCAGAUGGAAACAGUCCAAAUUGGUGUUUGUGUGGUAACUGCAGAGAAAUGCCUACACAACCAGAGAAGCUCUGCUGCAAGAAACAUCCACCAAAUUGUAUAACUUUGCUUCCGGAUUUCGAAGUUCUUAUUUUGGACGAAGCUGUCUUGGCCCUAGCACGCCUUUACAGGCAAGACAUGUUUGCUUUGCCAAAUGAGGAGGACUGGAAGAAAGCCAACAGGCAUGCUGCCUACAGACAAUAUAUAUUGUGGCAAGUUGGUCGUCUUGGUACUGGUGACAGACGGGUCAUCCCAAGCUGUGCGGUUUGGAAAAUUAGAGACAGGUUCCCCGAUGACUUUGGACAGUACACUGGUUUCAAGGCAUCCAGGAUUGCUUAAUUGAUAUCAAAUAUGUGUUAUAUAAGGUAUUUGUCUAAUGAUAAGUAUGAUGUAAAUGAUGAAUUGUUGAAAUAUGUUCACUUAUGUACCAAUGUCCAUGGAUGUUGAAUGAUGAUGAGGUGUCAUAGAUAAGUUUGUAUAAUGAUGACGUGUUAUAGAUAAGUUUGUAUAAUCAUGUUUUGAAGUGGUGAUAUUCACUAAUGUAUCUGUUAUGAUGAUUUUAAAACACUAGACAUAUUUAUGUGUAGUUAAGGAAUGUUGAAUUAUAAUGCAUGGGAAGAUUGUAAGAAAUCUUGUAAUUUAGAUAAUGUGGA